UUUAUCAAAUACUUAGCUAACUAUUUUCAUGAUACAAUAAUGGCUGAAGAAGCUAAGAAAAUCAUCUUCGGAAAAUACGAAAUCGGAGCCCUUCUCGGCCGCGGCGCCUUCGCCAAGGUCUACCUCGGCCGCCGCCUCACAUCCUCCGCCGUAGCGGAAGAGACGGUGGCGAUUAAGGUAAUAAAAAAAGAAGAAGCGAUCAAGAGCGAGAAAGCGACGGAGCAGAUCACGCGCGAGAUCGCCGUGAUGCGGCGCGUGCGCCACCCCAACGUCGUCGAGCUCAAGGAGGUCAUGGCGACCAGAUCCAAAAUCUAUCUCGUGAUGGAAUACGCCUCCGGCGGCGAGCUCCUCUCCACCGUGGCGCGCGGCCGCCGCCGCCUCGACGAGUCCGCCGCGCGCAGCUACUUCCAACAGCUGAUCUGCGCCGUCGACUUCUGUCACAGCCGCGGCGUCUUCCACCGCGACAUCAAGCCGGAGAAUCUCCUCCUCGGCGCCGACGGCCGCCUCAAAAUCUCCGAUUUCGGCUUGUCGGCGCUCUACGAAAACCCUAGCUCCGGCGCCGGCGGACUCCUCUACACGCGGUGCGGCACCCCUGCCUACACCGCGCCGGAGGUCCUCCGUACGAAGGGCUACGACGGCGCGAAGGCGGAUAUAUGGUCGUGCGGCGUCGUAUUGUACGUCCUCCUCGCCGGAUUCCUCCCUUUCGAUGACCGGAAUCUCGCCGUCAUGUUCAGAAAGGCGAUCAGGUCGCAAUACUCGAUCCCGCCGUGGUUCUCCACCGAAACGAAGCGCUUGAUGUAUAAAUUGCUGGAUCCGAAUCCGGGUAAACGGAUCUCGAUUCCGGGUAUAAUGCGGGUCCCGUGGUUUAAAAUCGGGUUGCAAAACCCUAAUUCAAUCUCGACCGAUGAAGCUGAGGUUAAAAUCGAAGAAACGAUUGAGAAAUACCCUUCUUCUCCGGCGAUACUAAAUGCAUUUCAGCUUAUCACCUCGAUGUCGACUGGUCGGUUCGACUUAUCUGACCGGAAAGGGGACUUCACGUUUACGUCAAAACGAUCGGCUAAGGUGACAUUGGGGAAAAUUGAAAUGGUUGGGAAGAAAUUAGGGUUUAGUGUUUCGAGGUUGAAGGACUUCAAAUUGAGGUUGUUGGGGGCGGACGAGGGGCGGAAAGGGCGGCUCUUGGUCACAGCCGAGGCGUUCAAGGUGGGGCCGGAGGUGACGGUGGUCGAGUUUUCAAAGGUUUCCGGUGACACUUUGGAGUGUAUUAGGUUUAGGGAGGAGGAGAUUAGGCCAGGGUUGAAGGAUAUAGUUUGGACAUGGCAAGGAGAUACUAGUUUUAUGGGUUGUGAUCAAAUUAAUGGUCAAGAAGAUGAUAAAACACAACUCAGUUGGUAAGACGCUUCUUCUCGAUUCAAAAGUUUGGUGGUUCGAGUCAUCAUGGGGUAAAUGACAACCAAUGUCGAUCCACGUAUCGUUACUAUUAUCAUUCUUAUUUAUUUGUAUAUUUAGUAAUGAGUAAUUUUUACAAUUCAUUAGUGGUAUUUUAGUUCUAUUGUAAAGAUGGGUUGAUGGAUCAAAUAUUUGGAUCCAAAUCCAUGCAUGUUUAUAAUUUGGAAAUGUAUAGCAUGAGAUAGUAUAAAAUCUCGUGUUCCUUGACCUAUUGGGUGAUCAAGAAAGUGGUGAUAACAAGAGAUGAAGCAUUGGCAAUGAUGAAUCCAUCAAUCCACAUCUGACUUGUCAACUGUGACAAUUCUGUAUUAUAGCCAUAGCUAGAUACGGAUAAGCAGACAUGCAAUACUUAUCGAUAGUCAAAGAGCCUAAAAUGGCUUGGUUAAGAGACAAUAGAACCAUGCCACGAUUGUGUUAGGAACUUAUAUAGGCCUUCGCCUAUAAAAUGACCUUUUAGCCAGUGAUUCGCGAAUUUUUUU